AAAUUUUGGGUCCACUUGUAAACCAUUAGAAUCACUCCACGUGUCAAUUAUCAAGAGCAAAAUAGAGGUCUUUGAUUGGCGUGUUACCAGAUCCAUAAUACAUCUCCUACCCACCCCACCACCAGUGCGUAUUUACAGGGAAACGCGAAAUAUAAUGCAUUUUAGACGGAUCCCGUCAUAAGCUAACCCUCAUUUCUCCUCUUCAAAAAACUCUCCCUCACUUCUCUCAAGAUUUGAAUCAGCAUCUUCAUGAAUACUAGAACUACUGUGGUAUCUGCAGUUUCCUGUAAAUCGGGAAACAAGAACGGCUUCUUCUGCUGGGUUUUGUUGUGCUUGCUUUCUAAGUUCUUUAAGACUGCUACGCUAAACCUGCACUCCUUUGAAGCAUUUGGAAAGGCUUGCCUACCAUAGUAUUAAUAUUUGGCCAUCUACAUCUGUCAAAGAGCUGCUCGAAACAUGGUUUCUUCUCAGCUCUUUGCUCCGCCAAAAACAAACUUGCAAAAAUCCUUCCACCGGCCGUUGCUUUUACCACUGACUGCCCCCGGUGUAGUUCCUUCAGAGCAGGUUGAACUUGAUUUCGCUGAUGUGUUUGGCCCUCCUCCUUGUCUGGCCUCAAAUGAAACAAGUAAUGGAAUGUCUGAGAGUGUGUUUCCAGCAGAUAUGAGUGAGCUUGUCUAUGAUGAUCCGGAGAUUGUACACAGUAGGUCACAUUCUUUGGUUGGUCCUUCUUCAUAUAAAAGUCAAGUACUGAAACUUGGGAGGCUCACCAUUCAUGAAGCAGAAGAUUCGCUGGAACUGGUAGAGAACGUUAUCGAACAGACAAUUAAGGAAGACCAGGAGCUUUCCGUCAAUGACUCAGCAAAAAGUGGAACUGUCUGCCUUGAAGAUUUUGAAGUCAUGAAAGUUGUUGGCCAAGGUGCAUUUGGGAAAGUAUUUCAGGUUAAAAAGAAGGGUACAUCAGAUAUUUAUGCAAUGAAGGUGAUGAGAAAGGAUAAGAUUAUGGAGAAGAACCAUGCUGAAUAUAUGAAAGCGGAAAGAGAUAUCUUGACAAAGAUAGAUCACCCAUUUGUUGUCCAGCUUAGGUACUCAUUCCAGACAAAGUAUAGGCUUUACCUUGUGCUCGACUUCAUUAAUGGUGGCCAUCUCUUCUUUCAGCUCUAUAAACAAGGCCUUUUCAGAGAGGAUCUGGGACGAAUUUAUGCAGCUGAAAUUGUAUCUGCAGUGUGUCACCUUCAUGCAAAUGGAAUAAUGCACAGGGAUCUCAAACCGGAAAACAUUCUAGUGGAUGUGGAUGGCCAUGCCAUGCUGACUGAUUUUGGACUUGCCAAGCAAUUCAAUGAGGAUACAAGAUCGAACUCCAUGUGUGGAACAGUAGAGUACAUGUCACCAGAGAUUGUUCAAGGGAAGGGCCAUGAUAAGGCUGCUGAUUGGUGGAGUGUAGGAAUUUUGUUGUUUGAGAUGCUUACGGGGAAGCCUCCUUUCACUGGAAAUAGGCAAAAGAUUCAGCAGAAGAUAGUUAAGGACAAACUCAAGCUGCCAGCUUUUUUGUCCAGUGAAGCACAUUCCCUUCUGAAAGGGCUGCUGCAAAAGGAACCAACUAAAAGGCUUGGCAGUGGGUUGAAGGGAAGUGAUGAAAUCAAGGACCAUAAAUGGUUCAAGCCAAUCAAUUGGAAGAAGUUGGAGGCAAGAGAGAUGCGGCCAAGUUUCUGUCCUGAAGUUGCUGGAACACACUGCAUUGCAAAUUUUGACAAGUGCUGGACAGAUAUGUCAUUGGUUGAUUCUCCAAUUUCGAGUCCAAAGGAUAUUACGGACCCUUUUCAGGGUUACACUUACGUGAGGCCCGCGUCUUCCUUUCUCCAGAGGAGCAGUCCCUUGUGCUAGGAUGGUUUGAUGAUAUAGCACUUCAUGUUGUUUCAUUUUCUUCUCUAGGAUGUAGUAGCCAGAUGAGGUCAUUCGUUGGGAGAAUGAAAAACCUAUCCUUCUACGCCAUUAUUUAAGUUGUUUCAUUUUCUGUUACUGAUUCAGAGACUUCUUAUCUAGACCUUUCAUCAGACCCAUGAUACUAUAAAGGAUUGCUAAGCUUGUUGUAAAUUAUAAUGGGAUUCGUGGUUGAUUGUUGCACUUUGAAAAAAAAAAAAAGGAAUGAUUUUGUUUUUUGUUUCGCCUUGAUAAUAUGUAUUUGAGCUUUGGGAUAUGAUUAAAGAAAAUUAUUACUUUGACAAUAA